GCCGGGCGCCGCCAGGAGAGGGCGCGGCGCGGCGCUGCGGAGCGCGGCUGGCGCCCGAGUUGUUUCCCGGAGCCCGGAGCCGCGAGACGCUCGCAGUGAGCCCAGCCAGCUCGGGCCGGGCUGGGCUAGGCGGGGCCGGGCGGGGCGGCCCACAGGGAGCUCGCCCCGGGUCACGCCGGCGCCCGCCAGCCGAGCGCGGCGGGGAGCGCGCCAUGGACCCCAAAACGGGCGGUGGCGAGGAGGAUGACUGCGUGGACUCGGGCGCCGAGACCGGAGGGUCUGACUACAGCCACAUGUCCUCCACCAGCAGUGAGCUCUCCGUGGAGGAGGCGCAGGACCCUUUCCUGGUUAGCAUCCACAUAAUCGCAGACCCAGGGGAAUCCCAGCCCCUGCAGGAGGCCAUCGACAAGGUCUUGGCCUGGAUCCACCCGGACCUGCAGCUCUUCCGGGUCUCGGAGAGGCGGGCGCCCCGGCGGCGGAGGAAGCCGCCGAAGGUGGCGCAGCCGGCGCUGGCCGUGGUGCUGUUCCUUCAGGAGGAGUACGGCGAGGAGCCCAUCCUGCAGCUGCACCGCACGCUGCAGCGGCCGCCCUGGCGCCACCACCACACAGAGCGCGUGCCGCGCAGGCUCCUGCCCUACCUGCCCUGCAGCCAGGACUUCUUCACGCUGGCCCCCGGGACGCCGCUGUGGGCCAUCCGGCCCGUGCACUAUGGCAAGGAAAUCGUGCGCUUCACCAUCUACUGUCGCCACGACAACUACGCCGACAUCCUCAAGUUCUACGAGCUGAUCCUCCGGCGCAGCCCCAGCCAGAAGAAGACGGACUUCUGCAUCUUCCCCAUUUUCUCCAAUCUGGAUGUGGACAUCCAGUUCUCCCUGAAGAGACUGCCCUGUGACCAGACCCCCGUCCCCACCGACUCCUCGGUGCUGGAGUUCCGGGUCAAGGACAUCGGCGAGCUCGUGCCUCUCUUGCCCAACCCCUGCAGCCCCAUCAGUGAGGGGCGCUGGCAGACGGAGGACCUCGACGGGAACAAGAUCCUCCUGCAGGCGCAAAGGGUGCACAGGAAGUGUCCGAAACCCGGCAGAACUCAGCCCCCGUCUGAGCAGAGACCUCAUCCCGCGCCUCCGCCGAGCACCGCGGCCCCGGCCCCGAGCAGCACACCUGGCGGCAGCCAGCAGCCCCUGCCGGAAGGGUCACACCUGGGUCCCGGCCCCGCGGGCCUGCCUCCUGGGCCCCAACGAGCCAGCGGCCCUCCCAGCCUCCCCUGGUCUUUCCAGAGAAGCAAGUCCUUGUUUUGUUUGCCCACGGGAGACCCCUCCCCCGGCUCCUCGGCCCUACCACAGUGGUUCUCAAACACAGGUGACGCGGGGCACAGGGCAUCGGAGUGGAGGCAUGGCUGCCUCCUCUCCAUCGAUGACUUGGAGGGGGCCCAGGAGACGGACGUGGACACGGGCCUCCGCCUGUCCUCCUCGGACCUCUCUGUGGUCUCUGCGUAUUCCGCACCCAGUAGGUUCUGCGGCACCGGGGAAGCAGCCCUCCCCUCUGCAAGAUGCGGCGGCCACUGGUCCAAGCCCAGGGGUUCCAGAGACGGACCACUGCCCGCUGGGGGCGGGGUGACCACAGACACCUCCUGGGCUUCCCUCCCUUUCUUCACCAAAGGGCCCGCCAGCUCCUCCGCGACAGCUGCUGCUGCUCCCACUGCUUCCGGCCCCUCCUCGCUCACAGAGUCCGCGCCGGAGCCUCCCUGUGCUGCUCCCAGCGCCGAGCAGACCGGCGGGGAUGCCCCACCGCCGCCAGCGUUGCCCGGACCUGUGGACAAUGCCAUGGAGGAAUUCUACAUCUGAACACCCUCUGCCCUUGUUU